GCGGAUGUGCAAGAUCUAGUUAACGGUAAAAAUUUAAAUCACAUAAAUUAAAAAUCCGAUUAGUAACUGCUGUUCACAGCCAAAAAAAAACACUUUGCGGAUUUCCGACACUUUGUGGCGCGCGCGUUGAUUUGGUGAUGUGAAAUAUUUGAAGCUGAAACUGUUGGACUGUAAAUGAAAUGGAGAAAAUUUUGAAAUUAAAAAAUAUUUUUUAUUGAAUUGUAAAAAACAUAUAAAGGAAAAGUAAAAUAAUGUUGGACUAAAAUAGUGUUUGUAUGUAUGUGCUUUAACAUAAUAUAUAAAUAUUGAUAAUUAAGUGAAUUCUAAAUUUCAACAGUGUGGAUUAUACUAAAAAUUUAUAAAAAAAUUAAAUUGUUUAAAAAUCUAAAUGUGUCACCCAAUUAAACUCUCACCUAAUAUUUAAAACACGCUUUAAAGUUUUUGCAGCUGUGAAUUCAUUAGAUUUUUAAGCCAAAUAAAAUUGGCUAAUAAAUACCAAAAGAAAAUCCGCAUUUCACACAUCCUCUCGCCAUUUGUCGCAAUUAUCAAUUCUGGUCACAGAGCAGACCCGACGGCAAACCCUCCUCCCGCUACACACCCUUAGGAAUGCAAACAAAGCGUCGCCAAAUACGAAAAUAACCGAAAUAUGCUGCACAAUCAGAGCGUCGCGCCCACACUGAGUCCGACGGCGCCCGUUAUGGUCGCUUUGACGACAUCGUUCGUUGUGCGCCCAACAAUGGCGGUGUUGCCGGGACUUUGUCCGCCCAAUUGGACCAACAACAACACUAUCGACUGCUUUAACGCGACUAUGGACAAUGCAAUUGGCAUUGGGGGCACAAGCGCUAGCUUCACCGGAUUCCCUGGACAAGACGGUGCUGUGAUGGGUUAUGAUGGAAAUUACUCUUUGCCGCGGGAUGGUUUAUUUGAAUUCGAAAUGGACCCAUUAGAACGCGUUGUAUCAACAAUUGUGCCCGUAUUUUUCGGCAUCAUCGGACUCGCUGGCCUGCUGGGAAAUGCGCUCGUCAUUUUAGUGGUCGUCGCCAAUCAACAGAUGCGCUCCACCACCAACCUGCUUAUCAUCAAUCUAGCCAUUUCGGAUAUACUCUUCGUCAUCUUUUGUGUGCCUUUCACGGCAACCGAUUAUGUAUUGCCCGAAUGGCCAUUCGGCAACUUAUGGUGUAAAUUUGUGCAAUACAUGAUUGUAGUUACCUGUCAUGGCAGUGUCUACACGUUGGUGCUGAUGUCGCUCGAUCGUUUUUUGGCUGUCGUACAUCCGGUCACGAGCAUGUCCUUGCGUACCGAACGCAAUGCGAUGCUCGCCAUCAUUUGUGCUUGGGUGGCCAUUGUGACAUCAGCUAUACCCGUGGCGUUGUCGCACUCUGUGCAACUGUACUAUUUCAAAGGACGCAAUUACACAGCGUGUGUCUUUUCAUCGCAUGAGGGUAUCUGGAAUCUCGUUGCUUUUCAGGUCUCCUUUGCCGCUUCAUCAUACGUUACACCGCUAACGCUGAUCUUCUUCUUGUACAUGUUAAUGUUGGCACGCCUAUGGAAGAGUGCGCCCGGCUGUAAGCCAUCAGCAGAAUCAAGGAAGGGCAAACGACGUGUAACACGUAUGGUUGUUGUGGUUGUGUGUGCAUUUGCCAUAUGUUGGCUACCAAUACAUGUCAUACUCGUUUUGAAGGCAUUGGAUAUGUAUGCAUCCACGCAUCUAACGGUUAUUAUUCAAAUCAUCUCACACGUACUGGCGUACACGAACUCCUGCAUUAAUCCAAUACUCUAUGCAUUCCUGUCGGACAAUUUUCGCAAAGCAUUCCGGAAGGUGGUUUGGUGUGGCACUCCGCCGCCGAUAAUCAACAACCAGCAGAUCACCAAGACAACGCGCACAACCAACUGCAACGGUACUUCCAAUGUAGAGAUGUUAUAAGCCAGCAAUGGAGAGAUGACAACCGACAGCGAGGUGCAGCAGGUAGCAGGCAACGAAAGUAAACCGAAAAACGUGCAGCUGCAACAACAUGCUGGCACAUUUAUGGCUGUGGCAAGCCACAGGUGGUGGUGGUGGCACUGUUGCAAAUGAUGGUCUUGAACUACUGCUGCUGCUGCUGCUGCUGAAGCGGCAAUACACUCGAGGUCGUUAUUAUCGCAACAAAUUGAUUGAAGGAAUCUGCACGCAUACAUACACAUAUAAGCAUGCAUGUAGAUAACUGUGUGUGUGUGUGUGCGAUAGAAAUGCUUUUGAUGUGAAGCUUAGAAAUAAUGUACAGGUGGAUUGAGACUGGCAAAUGCAGAGAAAUUUAAGUACACACGUGUACGUAUGUAUUUAUGUCGUUGAGUACGUGUCAUAUGCGCUGCAAAGCAGCCAAGCGGAAUUGAUUUAUUUAUUACAUUUGCAUGUACGCAUAGUUUGCAUUUGUAGGCAGCAGGUAGGCAGGCAGAUAUUUUGAUUUGUAUAAGCAGCAACUAAAACUAUUGCAUAUAUGUAUGUAUAUACAAUAUAUAUGUAUGUUUGUACAAUUAUUUGUGCUUGUAUUCAUAGCAUUAGACUAGAGAUUUAACUAUAAUAUAUAGUGCUUAUAAGCGUUAUAAGUGUGUACAACAACAGCGGCAUGGCCCUCCCAACGUCCCCCAACGAGCAACCAACGAAUGCAUGCUCCAAAUUAUCGGUUUCUUAAACAUUUUAUUCCUAUAUUAAAAAAGUAUAAUAAUACUACUAAAAAUUAUAAUAAUAAUAAUCGUAUAUAAUAUUUAAAUUACUUGUGCGGAAACAGCUUAGCUGUAUAGCCAAGUCUAGUGAUAAAAUGUAUGCUUUGCAAGAAAAUAAAAAAAUUAAAACAGAAAUGCGAAUUUGUGAGCGAAUUCUCGAUUGAUAGACAAACCAGAAAUUUGUUUAAAAAAUAAAUAUACAUUUAAUUUAAUUUUAAUUAACAUUUUAAUGCCUUAGAAAGUUUUUUCUUUUGUAAUUUUAAAAUAAUUUAGCACAGUUUGACAGGAUUUUGUGGUAAUGGCCGUGUUCGAUUCGCCACUAUGGCAUUCGCAUUAUUGUAACCUUGCUCACUUGUCAAAAAUUUACAUGCCAAAUCAACAAGGUUAUAGCGUUUUUAGACAGGAGCUAAUUGAUCAAUUAACCGGCCUCUGCUCGAUUAAAACGCUUAUUAAGAUCGAUUUACCAUUCAAAAUAAAAUCUACAUUUAUUAUACACUGAACAGGGUAUAUUAAGUUUGUCACGAAGUUUGUAACACCCAGAAGGAAUCGUCGGAGGCCCUAUAAAGUAUAUACAUAUAUAAAUGAUCAGUAUGUUGAACUGAGUCGAGUUAGCCAUGUCCGUCUGUCUGUCCGUCUAUCUGUAUAUAUACGAACUAGUCCUUCAGUUUUUAAGAUAUCGUUUUGAAAUUUUGCAGAUAUUAUUUUCUCUUCAAGAAGCUGCUCAUUUGUCGGAACUGCCGAUAUCGGACCACUAUAUCAUAUAGCUGCCAUACAAACUGAACGAUCGGAAUCAAGGGUUUGUAUGGAAAACUUCCGCAUUUUACUACAUAUCUUCACGAAAUUUGGUGUGAGUUAUUGUUCAUAGAAAUAAUUUAAUCUCCAAAAAAAUUGUUCAGAUCGGUUCAAUAUAGCAUAUAGCUGACAUACAAACUGAGCGAUCGGAAAACUUCCUCAUUUUACUACAUAUCUACACGAAAUUUGGUGUGAGUUAUUGUUCAUAGAAAUUAUUUAAUCUCCGAAAAAAUUGUUCAGAUCGGUUCACUAUAGCAUAUAGCUGCCUUACAAACAAAACGAGCGGAAUCAAUGGCUUGUAUGGAAAAUUUUCGCAUUUGACGUGGUGUCUUCACGAAAUUUGACAUGGAUUUGACAUAAUAAUAUAAUCUCCGAAGAAAUUGUUCAGAUCGGUUAACUAUAUAACCUUAAUGUUUCUAGCAAACAACCCGCCUAAAAAAAAUUAGUAAAAUGUUUUCUUUUUUUACUUACUUUUUCUUAAGUCUUUAGAUUUGCUUAAACACAUAGUUACUAAAAGAAAUGCACCUGUGAAGGGUAUAUUAGCUUCGGUACGGCCGAACUUAACGAUUUUUCUUGUUUUUAAUUGAAUUUUAAUCGACUUGAAAAUGAAAUGCAACUCUGCGACAAAGACAAUUUUUUUUUUAUAAAAAAAGCUAGAGUAGAUGUCGCUGCUAAAAAUAUCAAUUAGCUGAUGAAACUUACCAACAUCUUAUGAAAAGCAAAAAAGAAAAUUAUAUAACAGCUGAUCGAUUAUCGAGUAGCCGGCAGUGUAAAAGGCAAAAAAGGGUUUCUCAAUAAAAAAUUUUAAUUGAUCAAUUAAUUUGGCUGUCAAAAAACGCUAUUAUGCCGUUGAAUUCAUUAAGUAAGAGUGGAUACCUCAUUUAGAGAGAUAACAUUUUAUUUCUGUACUAUGUUAUGUCAGUUUAAAUAAGGUUUUUAUACCAGUAUUUUCCGAUUCGUAGAUUUCCAAAGAACCAGUAUCAAAGUAAGAUAAUUGCCCUUUAAAGAUCUUCGUCAUACCUACAUGAUCUUACCUUAGGUAUGCCUUAAGUAAUAUAAAAGGAUAGAUAGGGGAAAAAAUUGAAUUUCGUAAGACAACGAAAAAGAAAGGAAUAGGAAUGGAGAUUAUGUAAAUAAAAAAUAAAAAAAAAAAAACAGAAAUAACCCCGUUAAUCUGAUAUUCAUUCAAAAAUAUAAUAUUAGACCUUCAAACGAAGAGAGUGAAAGGAUAAGUAAAUCAACGAAUACUUCUCAAAAUGAAAGGGAUCAACACAAUUAUGUGUUAAUUCUAAGUUGUCAAAAGAAAUAUGCUGACGCUCUUAUAUUGAUUUAGAGAAGAUAAUGGUAGAGAAUACGGUUUGAUAUAAUAAGAAAGCGUACAAGACUUCGAGCUUCAUAGACGUUGAACUCAGUAAACUUUAUAUACAUUUGCUCUGAGAAGCAUCGACUAUGUCAUUCUAACAAAUUUCAACACUCAAAGAAUUAUUGUUUUCGAUGUAGCGCCUGUUAGGGGAUAGUAUAAUUGUGGAAAAGUAGUAAAUAAUGGAAAAAGACUGGACUUCAAUUUAAGUUAAGAAAUCAAAAAUUUGGAUUGAAUUUGAUUUUUGAUUGAAAUUGAUAAAGAUAAAGACCUAGAAAAAUGUUCUAAAGUAAGCUUGACAUCACUUAUUUCGAUUAAAAUUUACUUCCAUAAAUUAAAUUGAAUGGUAAUUGCUUCUGCUAACAGCUAGGCUCAGAAAUUCAAAACUUGAAAGCAUUGCUGAGGACAUAUUACAUACAAAUAAAGGCAUAUUCCCGGUCUCGGCUAAUUAUGUGAAGAUCAAAAACCUUCGAUAAAGUAUGUUUGAUACCACUAAAGAUUAAAGACAAUGUUUUUUGGGAGUCUUUUAAAUAAGAUAGGGAAAUUAUAAGCCCGAGUUUGUUAUAUAUUUUUGAUAUCAUAUUAUAUAUCACUUCAACUACUCCAAAGAGUUUUAUUAUAAAUUUUUUAAGGUAAACACGAUUCCACAAUUUCGACAUUUCAGAAAGCUAUUUUAACUUAUAUUUACAUAAUCUUUAACUUUUAAACAAUUUUUGGUUGGAUUGAAAUAUUUUUUUUGUUAUAUAAAAUAUUCACAAUCUCCAAAUGGCCACUCAGACUGCCUGAACAAGCCGGACUAAUGAGCCCAAGCCCGGUUUGGAUAAGCUCUCUGAGUAAGUCAUAAAAAUUUAGUAACUCAAAUAAGUACGACCAAUUUUUCGAUCGAGUUAUGAACCCUUUGUAUCAAUCGACAAUUUGCUCAACGAAAAUACAUAAACACAAACUAAAAUAAUGUACAAAGCAUAAAGCGAGAGUCCUAGUUGUUGAUAGUUACUACUACCACUAAUUAAUAGAAAUAUAAGACAUAAACUAUACAGAAUAGCUGUAAAAUUUAAUUAUACUAAAUAUAUAAAAUAUACAUUUCUGAUAUGUAUUGUAUAUGUAUAUGCCUAGUUGCGUAAGUACAAAAGAUAAAAUAUUAUUGCGUUUGUUGUUAGUUGUAGAAAGGCAGCAGAUAAAAGUCUCCUAGGCGACGGGAUUUCAUAUUGUAUUUUGUUACAUUAGGCAAGUAAGUUGAUAGUAUGUAAUAUGUUUUGUAUUUUCGUAAGGUUUGGUGUUGGCACACAAUAAACUAACUGUACAUACAGACACAAUACUAUGGAAUAUUUGAAAGCAUGUGAAUUGUUAGAAAUGCAAAAGCGUUAGUAAGCAUUUUGAGUAGUGUCAAAAACAAAGAAAAAUACAAAUAAAUGAAAACAAUAUUUAUCUGGUAACAAAUGAGAAGAAUAUAUAACGACGAAACUAGAGUUAAAAUUAAUUAAAAAUCUGUAUAUUGAAGAAAUGCAAAAAUAUUUAUUUGUGACAUUUAUUAGAUUUUAAAAUAGUAUGUAGGUAGUUUUAGCUCGUUUGUAAGGGAUUGUUACUUAGCUUGCAGAAAAACAAAACUAAUACCAAAGAGAAAUAUAUUAGAAGACAUAUACAUACAAAUGUAUUGUAUUUAUUUAUUAAACUAUAUUGUAUUAAAAAAAUAAAUAAAUAAAAAAUAUAUAAUAAAAUUUAUGCAGAAUUAAAUACGAGUAGGUUUAACAAAAAUGAAUACAAAAAUUAAUAAAAUAAAUUAAUCGAAUUAAUAAACUAAUAAUAAAUAAUUCAAAAAUAAUAAUUUUAAGAUUAUUAUAGCAUAUAUACAUAAAAAUACAAUA